CCACAUCACCUAUCAACAUAUCAAUGACAAACGUCAUUUGUCAAGUCAAGUAAUCAAAACAUAAAAAAUAAUUAUAUUUGUUGUCAUGGACAUGUAACGUCACUUGAUAACAGUUAAACGUCAAAUUGAACAGACAAACAGCAUCUGGGCAAAGUGUAUUGUCACGUAAAUGUACAAGUGAUGCGGAAGUUAUUCUGUUUGUUCACUCUACGUGAUCAAUCAGAAUACAUUUAUGGAUAACGAUAACUCUACAUUACAUUGGAAUUCUACUUAUUCAUCAUUUUUCUGUUUGGCUCAUUAUUUCCUGAAUGAUAUGAAUACUUGAGUACCUUAUAGAUCUAGAGUAGUGAAUUAUAGUAUUGUUUGUGCAAAACACGAAGUAUUAUUAAUAUCUUCCAAAAUGCCUCUCAUAACAAGAAAACAAAUUCUACCUAUAUUAAAAAAUAACAUAAUAUGCCAAAGGGUCUGUGUGUCUCAAUUCAGUGAGAAGUCCUCAGAUAAAGAUUAUCAAUAUCUUCAAUUCAGUAAGAUACCUACUUAUCAUUUUCAAAAAUCACUUCCUCGACUACCAAUCCCCAAAUUGAGUGCCACCUGUGACAGAUAUCUAGCUGCUCAAAGGCCUUUACUGAUCGAUGAAGGUUUUAGAAAAACAGAAUUUAAUGUUAAGCGGUUUUGUGCAUCAACUGGUCAACAGUUACAGAAAUAUUUACAAGAUUAUGACAAAGCUAACAAACAUACAAGUUAUAUUUCUAAAAUGUGGUUUGAUAUGUAUUUGAGAGAUAGGCAACCUUUACCUUUGAAUUAUAAUCCAAUAAUCGUUCUACACAACUACUUAAAUCCUGAUAUGAAUAAUCAAUUAGUGAAAGCUUCUAAUUUGAUUGUGAGCUCUUUGAGGUUCUACAAGUCUCUUGAGGCUAACAUUUUACAACCUGAAGUAUUUCAUCUGAAUCCAAAAAAGAGUGAUACAGCUCUAUUUCGAAAUAUAUGCAGUAAGUUACCUCAAGCAGUUUCUUGGCAUGGUGCCUAUAUGUUUAACGCAUAUCCUCUUGAUAUGAGUCAAUAUUCUAGUCUUUUCAAGUCAACCAGAAUUCCAGAGAUAGACAAAGACAGAUUUUAUUCAAGCCAAAACAGUACGCACAUAACUGUUCAACACAAAGGGCAUUUUUAUGUAGUUAAGGUAUUGUCAGAUACAAAUGAAAUUUUGCCAGCUGAUGUCAUCCUAACUAGAUUGAAAUUUAUACUCAAUGAUAACGUGGAUGAAGCUGAAUUUUCAAUCGGGCCAUUAACUACAUUGAAUAGAGAUAAAUGGGCUACAAUCAGACACGAAUUAGUUGGAGCUGGAAAUGAAAGUAAAAUUAAGCUAAUCGAUUCUGCCCUCUUUAAUGUUUGUUUGGACAGUGAGGAAGUGGAGGGAGACCUCAUUAAAACUACAAGACAGUUUCUACAUGCUGACUCAAACAACAGAUGGUUUGACAAAUCUUUUUCAUUAAUUAUUACUAAAGAUGGUUACGCAGGAGUUAAUUUUGAACAUGCCUGGGGUGAUGGUGUUGCCAUUUUUCGAUUCAUGCAAGAAAUACACAAGGAUUCCAACGAAAAACCACAAGUUAAUAUAGAUACGAAAACUGUUCAUGAUAAAAAUAAUGAAAUAUGUAGAUUGGAACUCAAUCUUAGUGACAAUUUAAAGAAUGAGAUUCAGAAAGCUAAGACAGAUUACAAGAAGUUGUGCUCAACACUAGACGUUAAUUACAUGACUUUUGAUGGUAUUGGCAAAAAUAUAUGUAAAAAGGCGAAAGUUAGUCCAGAUGCUGUAAUGCAGCUGUCAUUCCAGGUUGCAUAUCAUAAAUUGACUGGUAAAUUUGUACCUACAUACGAAUCUUGCAGUACAGCUGCAUUCAAACAUGGUAGGACUGAAACUAUCAGACCUUGUACCAUGGCAACGAAGGAUAUGACCCUGGCUCUAAAUUUGCAAAAGUCUAAAACGAGUCUGCAAGAACAGAGACAAUUGCUUGAAAAAUGCUCAAAAUAUCAUUCUCAAUUGACCAAAGAGGCUGCAAUGGGUCAAGGAUUUGAUAGACAUUUAUUCGCAUUGAAGCAUUUUGCUACGAAAAAGAAUUUGGAAUGUAAUAUUUUUCACGAUCCUGAGUACAAUAUGAUGAAUCAUAAUAUCCUUUCAACAAGUACUUUGAACUCUCCUGCUAUAAUGGCAGGAGGUUUCGGACCUGUGGUCAAGGAUGGUUUGGGUGUUGGUUAUAUGAUUCUGGAUGAUGCUUGUGGUGCUAUUGUUACAAAUUAUCUACCUACUGCCAAUGGAAAGGGUUUCACAGAAGCAUUGAAUGCUUCUUUCCAAGACAUAUUGAAAGUUUUGCAAUAUAAAAGCUGAAGAGUGUGUUGUUGAAUCAUUUAUGAUGUUUUACUCCAUAUUAUAUAACUGGUCUAGUGCCUUAUUAAUUUUAAGUGCUUAUUGGGUACAGUAUUUAUUUUAUACAAAUGGAUCUAAGUACAUGUUUUUUUUUUAAUGAAAUAAAAUGCAUUUAAAGCUAAA